AUGAACAACAACAGAGAAGAGUGUGAAAAGGAAAAUGAGGACGAUGUAUCGCCUUGGGAGCGAGCAUAUACCAAACUUUCAGAAAAGGACCAAGCCAAGCUUCAAAAGAUCUUGAAUAGCCCAGCCCAAGACUCCCAAGCAGAUGCUUCUUCUGACCGUACCAAUGUGACUGAUUCUAAGGACCUAGCAAAUCAAUUACUAGGUUCAUGCCAGAACGCCAAAAAAGAGUACAUGAAGAAAAAAUGGGUUUUACCUAUUGGAAAAAACAAAAUUGUCCUUCAUACGCUUUGGGAUGAUAGUAUUCAGGCCGUACAGAAAGUCAAAGACCUUGGAACAGCACUGACUGGCCUAAAUCAGACGGCCAGUUCAGCUUGGUCCAUCGCAAUGGUAUUGGUAGAUAUCCCAGUCAAGAAAGCCGAGGUUGCCAAUUCAGUUGUACAGGGCCUCGGGAAAGCAAUCAUUAUUAUGGCCCGUGGAGUCGAUUAUGAGCGUCAGGCUGAGGAAAUGCGCGGCGAUAAGGGAUUGAUACGCUACAGCGAACGAUUCGAGUCAAAACUUCUUGAUCUCUACACGGAGACGUUGAAAUUUUUCGCCGCAGUAUCGCGCUACUACCAACGACACUCCAUUAGUCGAACCUGGCAUUCUGUAUGGGGAUCUGAUGCCAUUUCCAACUUCGAUAAAAGCACCACCGAGAUCGAGCUAGAGCUCAAUACGUGGGUGCAGGUGAAAUUUCAAGACAAGACAGAUGCCCAGUUGCAAGCUAUUCAACAAUUUUUGGAAGACUUGAAAAACGAAAAACAACAGCGUGACGAAGAAGAUCGAGCGCGGGUCUGGCUAUCGGAUCUUCCUUACCUGGCACAUCAUAAGACCGCUAAAUCAGGACGAACACCAGACACCGGAGAGUGGAUUUUCGAGAACACAGAUUACAAGAACUGGAUCACAUCAGACCAAAAGGCCAUUCUAUGUAUUAAUGGUAUUCCCGGUGCUGGAAAAACCAAAUUGAUCAGUAGGUUGGUCGACUUCUAUAAUGACGCCCUGGAAGACGAUAAGCCGCAUGAAGAGAUGGAUGAUGAGGUGGAGACUAGCCAACUCGCUUACUUCUAUUGCCGACAAGAUGAUACAAACCGACAAGACUGGAGAAACAUUCUCUGCACCCUAGCCAAGCAGUUAACGAGAUCUUGCAAUCGACUCCCUACUGAGGUUAUGCGUGUUUUCAAGCAAAGAGGCAAAUUGGAUUCACCUGACCCGAAUAUGACAUCCCUGGAAUGUGAAGAGAUAUUGAAGUGCUUCAUACAACAUAAUGGCAAGGUUACCUUAAUACUGGACGCGUUUGACGAGUGCGCAAAAGACACAAAGCGCAUAUUACUGGAAGUCUUCGACCGGCUUGCUCAAUCCGCACUUCCUGUGAGUGUCAUCAUGUCAAGUCGAGAUGAUGAUAGUUUCACUGGUUUUCAGAAUAUGACCAAAGUCAAGAUUUCUUCUAGCGAUAAUGGUGAGGAUAUUAUCAAAUUCGUGCGAGAGAAGAUCUCCGAGUUUCGGGCAGAUGAGAAACGGAGAGGAGUCGACUCAGGGAUGUCGCGUCUUUCACCUGAUCUAGAAGACCAGAUAAUCGUCAAAUUUGAGGAGAAGAGCAAUGGAAUGUUCCAAUGGGCAUCAUUGCACAUACAAUACAUUCUCUCCUUGAGUGACAUGGUUGCGAUGAAAGAAGCCCUGGAAGAACUACCCGAGGAUCUUAAAAGGGCAUAUGACGGGAUGUUCAAGUUGAUUGACGAUGACAAGAGUUGGAAAAACAUCGCACUUCGUGCUUUCAGGUGGCUCCAUGCAAAUGGCGGAUCCUGCAAGACAUCCGUCCUCGUGGCGGCGGCCAGCCAUGAUCUUGACCGCACGAUUGACGCUGUUCACAAAACCAUCCAGGAUGUUUCCAUGAUCAAAGCUAAAUGUCGCAAUCUUCUUGAUAUUGGAGACGAUGUUAGCCGAUUUGCACAUCUGUCAGUUCAAGAGUACUUUUCAGAAGUACGAAGUGAAGGAAACCACUGCCCAGAGUUUGCAGCGAAGAUCUGUCUGAGAACCUUGACGUACUACAACCCAGUAGCCACCCAACAAAAUCCCAUAUUGGAAGACCUUUGGCAGCACGCUCAUAACAACUGGUUUGAUCACGCCAAAAGCUCAAAGGAUAUGGAAUCACUGAAACCAUUCAUUUUGGAUUUUCUGCGUGCGAAACCUGACUCACAUGGGCAGAUUCGUUGGCGAAAUGAGUUGAUAUCACUCGUCAUUCCGGCGAUUUUAUCAGAAAGGGUUCGAAUCACAAAAAUAUCAGAGUUUUUACGAGAUCCAUACAGAUGGUUGGUGCCGGAGCGGUUUUCCUGGAUGAAAUCUUUCUGGGAAAUGGAGACUUUACGGAACAGGCACAACGUGAGAUAUCUUGAUUAUUCGGCAGUAACUCGUGACAAUUCAUUGAUCAUUGUGACCGUUUUCACUGCCGUGGCCUAUAGUCAGUUCUAUGCUGUUCAGUCUGAGGGCUGGAUUGAAUUUGGCGACCAAGAAUCAGUGGCAACGUUAUUUGAGCACAUAGAAUCGUCAAUCUCGGAAUUCAAGGAGCCAGCAUGGAUGGAUUUUAAUCGGGAAAUUGAAUCGCCAUCCCGGGAGAGCGAUGCCACCGACCUUAUACAGCCGGCGCUCUAUCUCCUCAUCUUCUCUAUGAUUUUGUCUUGGUGGAAUGACAUGAAGGAAAGUUUGAAUGCUUUCCUCCGUGUCACUCAAACACCAAGUCUGGAGGAAGUCAGGACCAUCAGUGAAAUUCCCCAGGGAGAGAGAAGUCUCAAUGGAGUCACGAGUAAAGAGAGAAGUCAAGUGCUGGACAUGAUUCUGACGCGAAUGAUCUCAGAAAUGAGACAGAAAGUCAGCGAUGGCAUAGGCGAAAUUGAAGAAAUUGGAGAAAUUAGUGAACUACGUGGCGUUGAGCUCUUAUCGAUGAGUCUUGUCAAGGUCAGCGACAAAAACCACCCUGUGCUGCAAGAACUUGCGGCACUGAUGGUGUGGGCAGUUUGUCUCAGUGGAUAUUCUUGCCCUGAGCAGCCAAUUCCUCCAAGCAACGUGGUUGACUACUUAUUCGAAAGUUUUGACUUCAAAAGCCGCGUCAAAUACCGCUGCCUCCCACUGAAUGGCUAUGAUAUGCCACGGGUCUGCUUUUACACUAAGGAUCAACGCUAUCUCGAUUUCAUGCUGGCAAACGGCGACGUGAAUUUCACGCCAACAACUGACAAUUUCGGGAUAUAUGGAACACCUCUGAUUGCAGCUAUCGGGACAGUCAAAGAUGGUGACAAGUCAGGAAUCGAACUUCUUCUCAACAAUGGGGCGAAUGUGAAUUGCGUCGCUGAAAUCGGAAGUUACGGCACCGCAUUGAUAGCGGCGUGUGCACAAGGUGAUGAUACGAUUGUGGAAAUGUUACUUGACGGAAGAGAGGCAAAUCUAAAUCAAAAGAGCUCUCUCGGUAGCUAUGGCACCGCUCUCAUCGCAGCAACUGCGACAAAGGCCUACACUACCGCCAGGCGAUUGAUAGACAACGGCGCCGAUCCGAAUGCACGAGUGGAUUCCGGGCAAUAUUACACAGCCAUCCACGCUGCUAUUGACCUUGGAUGCACAAGAAUCAUAUUUUUACUGGCGGUGAACGGAUCAAAUAAACCGAGCUCUGAAGAUCUAUCGCAAGAUUCAUUGGUAGCAACAGAGCGCCGUCGUGAUUGCUGGGACCAGGAAUGUCAGCUAAUUGUUGUCGACGGGGCCCAAGACGACAAAUGGAUUGAACAAUGCAAUCGCGCAGGAAAGCAGUUAAGUGCUGCUGUCAUGUUCAAGUGGCUAGGGAUAUCCAUCCAGUGGGCAGAGCCCUAUCUAGUUGAAGCGUGCAAAUGUCUCAGUUGGUAUAGCAGUUAUGGCCGUACGGAUUACAGAGCUUCUGGUAAAUUAGCGGACAUCUUGGGGUACGGAGGAGAAGAUGGUGUUGUAAAGCAGCAGCUAUAUACGUUGAUUAAACCGAUGGGCUUCCGUUCGGUGGAAGUUGAAGAGGUUUACCUGUUCCUUGACGAGCUCAUGAUCUUCAUGCGUGAGGCUGAAAAGUGCAAAGACAUGAUUGAGUUACCAAAUCGGAUGAUGGAAACGAUUCCAGCUCGAUUUGUUCGCAUCGACUCACUCCCCGUGGAGCUACCAGGAUAUGAUAGCGACGAUAUGGGGGCUUCUGAUGCUGACUCUGACUGGUCAGAUGCUAUCUUAGAUUAG